AUGAGUGGUAAGUUUGUGCGUGCGUCCAAGUACAGACACGUUUUUGGGCAGGCAGCCAAGCGGGAACUGCAGUAUGAAAAUAUUAAGGUUACCAACAACGCUUGGGAUUCUAACCUGAUUAAGACCAACGGGAAGUUCAUCUCUGUUAAUUGGAACUCGUCAGGUGGGGGUGCCUUCUCUGUGAUUCCAAUUGAGGAGGUGGGCAAAUCUCCAGAACAAAUACCGCUGUUUAGAGGCCAUACUGCCCAUGUAUUGGACACCGAUUUCGAUCCGUUCAACCAACGCAGAUUGGCGUCCGGGUCUGAUGACUCUAAGAUUGGGAUCUGGGAUAUUCCCGAGGACUACUCCUUCCACAACUACCUGGACUCCAAUGGCGAUCCCAAGGAUAUUAAACCUGUCAAAAUGCUGGCGGGCCACUCCAGGAAAGUUGGGCAUGUACUUUAUCAUCCGUUGGCGCAGGACAUCUUGGCUUCCUCCUCGUUAGAUUACACUGUCAAGAUCUGGAAUGUCGAGACUGGUGAAGUUUUGUUUACUUUGAAACAUCCGGACAUGGUCACCUCUAUGUCUUUCUCCUAUAAUGGUGCUCACUUGGCAACCGUUGCUAGGGAUAAGAAGCUGCGAGUAUGGGAUGUAAGAAAGGGUGAAGUAGUCAGUGAAGGUACCGCUCAUGCGGGGGCCAAAAACCAAAGGGUUGUCUGGCUGGGCAACUCCGACAGAUUGGCUACCACUGGCUUCUCCAAACUAAGUGACCGCCAGAUUGGUAUCUGGGAUGCGUUCCAUUUGGAAAAUGGGGAUCUUGGCGGGUUUUACACCGUUGAUCAGUCGUCUGGUAUUUUAAUGCCAUUCUACGACGACAGUAACAAGAUUUUGUACCUAGCGGGUAAAGGUGACGGUAACAUUAGGUACUAUGAAUUUCAAAAUGACGAACUGUUUGAAUUAUCUGAGUACCAAUCCACUGUUGCACAGAGAGGAUUUGCCGUUGUACCCAAGUACUUGGUUAACAUCAAGGAAAACGAGGUGUUGAGAGGUUUUAAGACCGUAGUGGACCAACGUAUCGAACCAAUUUCAUUUUACGUCCCCAGGAAAUCCGAGGAAUUCCAAGAGGACAUAUACCCAGAUGCCCCAUCGGAUAAACCUGCAUUGACAGCAGAGGAAUGGGUUUCUGGAAAGGAAGUGGAUGGUCCAAUUUUAGUCAGCAUGAAGGAUGUUUUUGAUGGUUGCGCCCCAAGCUUCCAUGCCGCUGAAAAGUCCACGUUAGAAGUCAAGGAGGAAAAGAAGGAAGAACCUAAGAAGGAGGAACCUAAGAAGGAGGAACCUAAGAAGGAAGAGCCUCAGAAGAAGUCUCCCUCUCCAUCCGCUUCUAAGGAAUCGGGCACUUUGAGUGACAGACUAGGCUCUGAUAACUCUGUCGGGAAGCUGUUGCAGAAGGCGUCGGACCUUGAUACUGUCAACAACACGGAAGACCCGGCCAAGGACACGUCUGGCUGGGACGACGAAGACGACAAGCCUCGCUCUCCAGAGCCUGUUGUCAUAUCUAAGGAGCCGAUCAAGAAGCAAGCUGAACCAGUUGUCAAGCGCCCAGAAGAAGAGCCCAAACAGGAACCCACUUCAAUAGCCACAGACAGAACUGAAAAGACAACCGACCCAGUCAAGCCAAGUGAGGAGUCCAAGAAAACCACACCCACUCCCAGCUCGACAGCACCUCCCGCAAGCACACCUGCUGCAAAAACCGCUUCAGGAGGAGCCAAAUCCAUGGGACUGAAGCAAUCUGUUGAAAAGCUAUCCUCCCUCGUCCUGGAUCUGGAACAAGUCGUUGAGAAGUUGACGAAGGCUAACCUCGACAAGGACGAACGCCUGGAGGCACUAGAGAAGAGCAUGCAACAGCUGCUGGACAAGAAGAACUGA